UCCUUCUCCCCCCAAAACUCAAACUACUCUCUCUCUCUCUCUCUCUCUCUCUCUCUCUCAUCACUGCCAACUCUCACAUUACAUCUCACUACAACACACUACAAAAACCACUCAAACAAAAUAGGGAUUCCAUGGCUUCUUCAGCUACUGCAACAGCUUCAAGUACAUGGGCUAAGCCCAAACCCUCUACUCCGUCACUUGAAUUGGGCUCUCUCUCUAGCUCAAUCUCUUUAGCUAAGCCCAAUAGACCACACCACCAACACAAUCCAAAGCUAUCAACAUAUCAAACACCAACUCCACCAACUCCUGUUAUUGCCAUUAUCGCUACCACUACUAUCGCUACCACCGUUACUAUCCCGACUUGCCCAAACGAGAAUACAUUAAAUCCGUCAUCGCUGUCUCCGAAAUGGAAUUUCUUACAGAGAGCGGCGGCGGCGGCUUUGGACGCGGUGGAGACCGGGUUGGUGGCACGUGAGAAGGAGCAUCCUCUUCCGAAAACAGCCGACCCGGGAGUCCAAAUCUCCGGCAAUUUCGCUCCGGUACCGGAACAACCCGUCCGGCAUCACCUUCCGGUCACCGGGAAAAUACCGGAAUGCAUUGAAGGAGUCUACGUCCGGAACGGAGCAAACCCAUUGUUUGAGCCCGUCGCCGGCCACCACUUCUUCGACGGCGACGGCAUGGUCCACGCCGUCGAGUUACGUGGUGGCGCGGCCAGCUAUGCUUGCCGGUUCACUGAGACACAGCGAUUCGUUCAGGAACGAGAUUUAGGCCGUCCGGUAUUCCCCAAAGCUAUCGGCGAACUCCACGGCCACUCCGGUAUUGCUCGGCUAUUGCUAUUCUAUGCUCGCGGGCUAUUCGGGCUAGUCGAUCACUGCCACGGCACCGGCGUAGCCAACGCCGGACUCGUUUACUUCAACGGCCGAUUACUCGCCAUGUCCAAAGACGAUUUACCGUACCACAUCAGAGUCACUCCCUCCGGUGAUCUCGAAACAGUUGGUCGGUACAAUUUCGAUGAUCAGCUCGAAACCACCAUGAUUGCUCACCCCAAGCUCGACCCAAUUUCUGGUGAGCUCUUCGCUCUAAGCUACAAUGUCAUUCAAAAGCCGUACCUCAAGUACUUCCGAUUCUCACCAUCAGGUGAGAAAUCGCCGGACAUUGAAAUCCCACUAUCUGAAUCAACAAUGAUGCAUGACUUCGCAAUCACCGAGAGGUUCGUGGUGAUUCCUGAUCAACAAGUAGUUUUCAAGCUCCCGGAAAUGAUCCGUGGUGGGUCUCCUGUGGUGUAUGACAAGAACAAAGUGUCCAGGUUUGGGAUUUUGGAUAAGUAUGCUACUGAUUCUUCUGGAAUCAAAUGGGUUGAAGCUCCGGAUUGCUUUUGUUUCCAUCUUUGGAAUGCUUGGGAAGAGCCCGAGACCGACGAAGUGGUGGUGAUCGGGUCCUGCAUGACCCCACCGGACUCGAUUUUCAACGAAUGCGACGAGGGUUUACAGUCUGUUUUAUCAGAAAUCAGGCUCAAUUUGAAGACUGGCAAGUCCACUCGCAGACCCAUCAUGAGCGAGUCUAAUCAAGUCAAUUUAGAAGCUGGGAUGGUGAAUCGGAACAAACUCGGACGCAAAACCCAGUUCGCUUACCUCGCGAUCGCUGAGCCGUGGCCUAAAGUCUCUGGUUUCGCUAAAGUCGACUUGUUUUCUGGUGAAGUGAACAAGUUCAUGUAUGGUGAUGACAAGUAUGGUGGUGAGCCUCUGUUUCUUCCAAGAGACCCCAAUUCAGAAAAUGAAGAUGAUGGGUACAUUCUUGCUUUUGUCCAUGCCUCUCGGGUCAUUCAGGAGCAGCUCCCAUGUCUGAUUUUUCAGACAUGAUUCCCUUUCCGUUGU